AUGAAGUAUUUAACAUUUAAUAAAAACAACAGAGAUGCUAUUGAUUUGAGUGAAAAAUUAGAAGCUACUAAAAUAGAUUUAUCGAAUCCCUUAUUAUUACAAUAUAAUUGGGUGAUAUGGGAACAAGUAUCAGAUAAUAAAAUAAAACAAAGUAAUAAUUAUAAAGAUUAUACAAGACCACUAGCUAAAUUUAAUAGUGUUCAAAAAUUUUGGCAAUUAUGGAAUAGAUUACCUCAACCAAGUGAUUUACUUGCACAAAGAAGUAUGACAAGAUUUUCAGAAGAUGGAAUAUUUCGUAUUGUUGAUGCUCUUAUGAUAUUUAGAGAUAAUAUACAACCUAUGUGGGAAGACCCAGCAAAUUCAGGCGGUGGUCAUUUUGAAUAUAAAAUAUUACCUAAGGAUUAUCCAUAUAGCCAAAUUGAUGAAUUUUGGAAUAAUCUUGUUUUAGCUAUAAUUGGAUGUAGUUUAAAACAUUAUGAUUUAAUAACUGGUAUUAGAUUAGUAGAUAAAUUAAGUACUACAAGAUAUGGAUAUAUAAGAAUAGAAAUUUGGUAUACUACCAUAACUGAUGAAAGUGUUAAAAACUAUUUGAGAAAAGAUCUAGAAGAACAUAUGUGUAAUCGUAUUGAUGGAUCUACUAUAUUCCCACCAAGGGUAAAAAGUCUUAGUCACAUACAUAGAUAA